AUGUAUUACUGUUUGGCUGUGCACAGCUCUGUCUCGUACUUUGGAAAUGGAUCCAAGGUAUUUGUCACAGGGACCGUCACCACCUCUCCAACGGUCAGAAUCCUGUUACCGUCGGACGAUGUUGACUCCAGCGGUGACCCCAGCGUCCCCCUGGUGUGUUUGGUGUCGGGGGCUGACCGACGCAGGGUCCGUGUGCACUGGGUGAUCAACGGGGAAUUAUGGGAUGGAUGGACAAAUUCUUUUUGGGUGUCGGAACACGGUUCUGUGACAGAGCUGACCCAGAACCAUAUCAUGAUUCCAGUUCCAAAGUUUUUCUACACAGAGGAUGUGUUAUGCUACUCUAUGGCUCUCAAGGCUUGUGGGAAUAAGCUCAAGUCUCCUUAUUCUGUGAUCUGUACGGCCAACCUAACCCUGUCUCCAAGCAGCGUGCAGGUCAGAAGUGGGGACUCCUUGACUCUAACUUGCAGCCUUCAGUUCGUUAAGACCUUUUGCUACACAAUCACCUGGUUCAGAGUUCACCCAAGGACUGGAGAGAUCGAUACAUCCACCAGCAUCUUGGGGGGCAAUGAUGAAGACUAUGCAAACCAGUGUAAAGGAACCAUCAUCAGCGCAACGCCAGGGGACUCUGGAAUGUACUACUGUUCUCUUGUGCACAGUGCACUCUCGUUUUUCAGCGAGGGAACCACAGUUACUGUGAUAGGUGCCAUAGCUGUUCGCCCAUCAGUGAAAAUCUUCUCACCUCUGGACAGCAACGGCCACAACUCCGAUGUCCAACUCCUGUGCUGGGUGACGCAGGUGGUCCCAUCCCAGGUCCGCGUCAGCUGGACAAUAGAUGGACAGAGGGCAGACGGGCGGACGGGAUCGGCCUGGACGAGCAGCGGCGAGUCGGUGGUGGAGUUCACCCGGAGCUGGGUCAGGGUGCGGGCGGAGCUGUGGGAGAGAGGCGCUGCGUGCGUGUGUGAGGUGGAGUACGCAGGGGAGAUCAUCAAGAGAGCCGCGCAGCACAGGGCCCAGCAUGAUCUGUCUGGUUCGUGCCACGCAGUGAUGUGGAUUUACAAGGGCCUAGGAAUCACCUCGUCUGCCAAACUCAUGGAGCCGUCGUUCAUCGUGACCCAGUCUCCGGACGUGGCGGUGGUGGCCCCCGGAGGUUCGGCGACCCUGCAGUGCGACAUAGCGGAACUCUACUCCUGGUGUUCGCACGUGGUGUGGUUGAAGCUGGACCGAAGGAGGCCCAUGAUGUUACAGGUGACCGACAGAGUCAAGAUGGCCAACGCCAACGCCAGCACGGACAGAUCGUGGGUCAACGUUUGCCUUGCGACCUUGUCAGAGGUCACAGUGGAUGAUGCGGGCAUGUAUUACUGCGUGUUGUCACAAGGUCGCUUCGCACACGUUGGCAAUGGAACACGACUCACGGUAACAGAGUCAAGCAGUACCUUCAAACCACCUCCCUCCAUUGAAAUCGUCCCACCCACCGCCUACACCUCCACCGUGCCUCUUCUGUGCCUGGUGUCGGGGGUCAGCCCGUCCCAGGCCCGCGUCUUCUGGGUGAUCAACGGACGCGUGGAGAGCGGGUGGACAGAUUCUGACCUGGAGGAUGCCGGUGCUGGUGCCGGUGCCGGUGACCCACUGAGAAGGCUCACCCGGAACCAGGUCCUGGUUCCAGUGGAGGAGUGGGAGAGGGGGAUUCGGUGCGCCUGCGUGGUGGAGGUUGCAGGGCAGAGCUUCAACAACACGUGGACAUGGAUAAACCUGGCACCAGAAAGCCAUUGCUCUCCUGUCUAUUACAUUUACACAGUCGUCUGGGUAACCUCUAGUCUCAUGCUUUUGCUUCUGGGUGGAACCACAGCAGUCUGCCUCUUCAAGAAUGCAGCCCAAGGCUUCCUUACACCACAGGAGUGAAUAUCCACCAGUCUUUCUGCACUUUUUCCACCAAGGACACAAUCAUAUGGUUAUUACAGGCUUUAUUUGAAAUAUGUUCAUGGCUCAUGCAGUGUUGCAAGCAAUGUGAUCUCAGUCCUGUCGAAAAAUCCCACUAUUCAGUCUUAAAAAUUGUUAUGUGAUGUGGGAAAUUUCCAGUGAUUAUGCAACUUUAAUUCAAUUAAACUGUUAAAUGUCUACCCAGGUUUUUGUUGUCCAACUGGCUACAAUGGAUGGUCAUUACAAGCAGUUUCUAUUAAACUUGAAAGGGCUCAUGGGAGGAUUGUGUUUAUAUCUUGUUUAUUUAUUGUUUAUAUUGUUAUUAUGUUUAUGUUUAUGCAGUUUAGCAGACACUUUUGUCCAGAGCGACUUAUAAAUAUAAACAAUAAAUAUAACAACACCAUAGUUAAAAUUAAUGGUAAACAGCCUGCUACAGUGAUAAUAAC